CAAUAGUAUAGUUAGUAGCUCACCAACCCAAUGUUCAUCAUUCAGUUAAAGGACAGAAAUUACAAUAAUACCCUUUCACCCACUCCAAACAUUGCUUUUUAUAUGGAACACUGAUUCAUUAUCAUCGUCAGACGUCAGUUGCUCUGUCUUUUAGUCUCAAACACAAAACUUGAUAUUAACUUGUCGAGAUCAUGUCGGCACAAGAAGUGAUGAUCGCUGGUCAGAAACAGAACAGUAGUAACGGCGACGUCAUUUUCCGAUCAAAAUUGCCGGAUAUUAACAUCCCUAACCACCUCCCACUCCACGACUAUAUCUUCGAAAACAUCUCUGAGUUCGCCGCUAAACCAUGUUUGAUCAACAGCCCUACCGGCGAGGUAUACUCUUACGCCGACGUCCACGCCACGUCUCGCAAAAUCGCCGCCGGUCUUCAAAAACUCGGCUUGAAGCAACACGACGUAGUAAUGCUCCUUCUCCCUAACUCGCCGGAAGUAGUCCUCACGUUCCUCGCCGCCUCCUUUAUCGGAGCAACCACCACCUCCGCGAACCCUUUCUUUACCCCAGCGGAGAUAUCUAAACAGGCCAAAGCCUCCGCCGCGAAACUCAUCGUCACACAAUCCCAAUUCGCCGAUAAAAUCAAGAACCUCCAAAACGAAGGCGUUACGGUCGUAAUCACCGAUGACGUCAUACCUGAAGGCUGCCUCAGCUUCUCUGAGCUGACUCAGUCCGGAGACCUCCGGGUCAACACGGAGAUUUCGCCGGACGACGUCGUGGCGCUGCCUUACUCGUCAGGCACGACGGGACUCCCUAAAGGAGUGAUGCUAACACACAAAGGUCUCGUCACGAGCGUGUCGCAGCAAGUCGACGGCGAGAAUCCGAACCUUUACUUCCACAAAGACGACGUGAUCCUCUGCGUCUUGCCUAUGUUCCACAUCUACGCACUCAACUCCAUCAUGCUCUGUAGUCUCAGAGUCGGUGCCACGAUCUUGGUAAUGCCCAAAUUCGAGAUCACUCUCUUGCUAGAGCAGAUUCAGAGGUGUAAAGUCACGGUGGCUAUGGUCGUGCCACCGAUCGUUUUAGCUAUGGCAAAGUCGCCGGAGACGGAGAAGUAUGAUCUGAGUUCGGUGAGGAUCAUAAAGUCAGGUGCAGCUCCGCUUGGUAAAGAGCUUGAAGAUGCUAUUAGUGCUAAGUUUCCUAACGCCAAGCUUGGUCAGGGCUAUGGGAUGACAGAGGCAGGUCCAGUGCUAGCAAUGUCGCUAGGGUUCGCGAAAGAGCCGUUUCCUGUGAAAUCAGGAGCUUGUGGUACAGUCGUGAGGAACGCCGAGAUGAAGAUACUUGAUCCAGACACUGGAGACUCCUUGCCUAGGAACAAAUCAGGCGAAAUAUGCAUCCGUGGCCACCAAAUCAUGAAAGGCUACCUCAAUGAUCCCGUGGCCACUGCCUCGACGAUCGAUGAAGAUGGUUGGCUUCACACCGGAGACGUUGGAUUCAUAGAUGAAGACGAUGAGCUUUUCAUCGUUGAUCGAUUGAAAGAAAUCAUCAAGUACAAAGGGUUUCAAGUGGCUCCAGCUGAGCUAGAGUCUCUCCUCAUUGCUCAUCCAGAGAUCAACGAUGUUGCCGUCGUCGCAAUGAAAGAAGAAGAUGCUGGUGAAGUUCCUGUUGCGUUUGUGGUGCGAUCAAAAGAUUCAAAUAUAUCAGAAGAUGAAAUCAAGCAAUUUGUGUCAAAACAGGUUGUGUUUUAUAAGAGAAUCAACAAAGUGUUCUUCACUGACUCCAUUCCUAAAGCUCCAUCAGGGAAGAUAUUGAGGAAGGAUCUAAGAGCAAAACUAGCUAAUAUGGAUUGAUGAACUAAAGUUUUUUUAAACAUGAUCCACAUGUAGGCACACACAUAUAUAUGCAUGUUAUCUUGUCACAUAAAGAUGAAAAACGAAGUUUCAUUUAUUUUGAACAGAAGAAAUAAACUUACAGGAUCAUAUUUGCUCCAUGUUCUGAUGGUAAACAUGUAAUGGAGGUAUAUAUGGUUGUUGUUAAUUUGGUGGAAAAACUUGUUAAUUAUACCUUGUUUAUAGUA